CUUCUACAAAAUAGCCUCAAACUGCCUUCCAGACUCUGUGUCCACAACUUGAUUAUUUGCUGUUCCCAGCAGCACUUCAGGGAGAAAAAGUGGGUGACUGUGGGUGACACGUCCCUUAGAAUAUUUAAAUGGGUUCCUGUGACAGACAGCAAGGAGAAAGAGAAGUCAAAAUCCAACAGUUCAGCAGCCCGGGAACCUAAUGGCUUUCCCUCUGAUGCCUCAGCCAAUUCCUCUCUCCUCCUUGAAUUCCAGGAUGAAAACAGCAACCAGAGUUCUAUGUCUGAUGUCUAUCAGCUCAAGGUGGACAGCAGCACUAACUCGAGCCCCAGCCCCCAGCAGAGCGAGUCCCUGAGCCCCGCACACACCUCUGACUUCCGCACUGAUGACUCCCAGCCCCCCACGCUGGGCCAGGAGAUCCUCGAGGAGCCCUCCCUGCCUGCCUCAGAAGUCGCUGAUGAGCCUCCCACUCUUACGAAGGAGGAACCAGUCCCGCUAGAGGCCCAGAUGGUCGAGGAGGAGGAGGAGGAGGAGGAGGACGACUCUGGUGCCCCGCCCCUGAAGCGCUUCUGUGUGGACCAGCCUGCAGUGCCGCAGACAGCCUCCAAAAGCUAGCACUGCCCAGCGCGCUCCUCUUGACCCUGCCUCUAUUUAUUGCAUUCUGGCUCUGGCCGUGCGGUGUCACUGGGGUUAGGGCAGCACCGGGGCCCAGAGCCUGCACACAGGAGCCUUCCGGGCUGGACAGCCGGCGUAGGACCUGGGGUUGUAGUGUCAUCAACCUGUUCCUGGCACCUGUGCCAGCUUGCUCCUAGGAAGAGUGCUUUUGUCCUUUUAGCACCCAAGCAGGCUGGAGCCUCAGCCAUUCCAAGGUUCGUUUGUCACCUCCUGGUAGCAUUCUCUGCUCCAGAACCUCUGGACGGAGCUGCUGGUGCUUCUUCAGGAGAAAGAUGUGGAAGGCACCCCUGCGGGGAGAGUGCCUCGGUUACUUGAACUUGAACUAAGACUGUAGAUUGUGGGACUUCCUCAGGGCCGGGGCCCUGUGGUCCCCUUUGAAGGACUGGGUAGAGACGUAGGCAGGCUGGGGAGGCUCCUUUCCCCAGGAAGGAAGGGCCUUUCUUACACAAGGCCACAAGUCCUUGGAGGUUUCUUGCCAUCCUGGCCCUUCUGCCUGGUCCUCAGGAGGUGCCACCUCUCCUGGGCCCUUCCGCUGCCAACAGCCCUGUCCCCUAACUGUCCUGGCCCCACGAAUGCACACACGCAGCUUCCUGUCUCCACCUGUACGUUUCAUUCCAGUGUCCCUGCCUCCUGCUACCACUGACCCCAGCAAGGAUUGUGGUUCUGACAACAGUACACACCCUCACAUUACUCCUCAGCUCAGACUUUAUAGACCCUUUCUUUGAAAUCUGCAUGUUUAAUGGAACUUUGUGAUUUUAUUUUUUGUUUAAAAAAAGUUUAAGAAAAUGGAAAUGGGCAACAACAAGUGAAGACUUAUUUUAGCACUGAAUAGAAUA